CAGCCGCAACCGGCACUGUUUUUUUUCUUAAUGCAACACGCUCCACUCUAGCUUAUUCCAUCUUGCACUGCAUCCAGCAGCAGCAGCACCACCUGCAUCCUUUUCAGGAUCUAGAAUCGAGAGCUAAGACCAGGUUGCAUUUAAUAUCUUCAUUGGAAGCGUUGUCAUCUAGCAGUACAAUUAGGUGUGGUAGGUUGAGGUUUAGUGCCAUACAGUCCAGUUGACAAGAGGUUUGCUGAGAGCAAUUGGGUUGAGUCGUGGGGUCUGGAGCUGGACUGAACUGUGUGCGUAGAGGGAUAGAACCAGUUGGUUGAGGAAAGGUUGUUUCGGUUGUGGGGUUGUGGUGAACCAACUUCGGUGGGGGUUUGUGUGCGUGGUGUUUUGGAGGGUCGGGUGGUGGGAGGAGUGUUCAAGUGAGGUGUUAGAAUGGAAGGGGGAGCUUGGAACUCGGAGACUUUCACCAACACGAAGCCUGCGGGAACAGCGGGUGUGCAUGUCCCGCCUGCGGGAUCUGCGACACCGCCUUUGUACCACCAGCCCGCGUUGGGCGCGGGCAAGGAGUUGAAGGCGUUUGGGUUCGCGACAGUCGGUCUACGCAUUGCACAGUUCGUUUUCACCCUGCUUGGGUUUGCCGUUAUGGCAUCAAACCAAGCGACUGUAUACGUGGAAGAUCUUUUUACUACAGAGGAGAGUACUGUGAAGUUCAGCUCUAUCGAGUCCUUCAUAGGGCUACUCGCUUUGGAUGUAAUCGUAUGCUUCUAUGCGCUAGUGCAGCUGAUUCACUCCAUUGUCUGGGCUUCAUCCAAGGGAUCAUUCUCCUCGUCGGCCACUACGGGCCUCGCUAUGAUUACCUUCCUCUUCGAUUUGGUUUUGGCGUUCGCUCUCAUUGCAGCCGGCGGCGCGGCUGCGGACUCGACUCAGAUCUGGUCUCAGGAAGGCUUAUGUGAUGACACAGGCAUCCCUAAAUUUUGCCAGAAGGCUAAUGCGUCCAUUGUCAUCUCCUUCUUCGCCUUCGCCUUCUUGGCUUUCUCGUGCAUUCUAUACCCUCUUCGUCUUUUGAGGUUGGCCAAGCAGUGAAGCAACUCUAGGCUGUAAAAUGAGUUCCUUUCAUGGCAUGCGUUUUCUCUGGAAGAGAUUUACUUGGGCAAGAGAAUCACUUAGUAGUGUGCCCAUGUUGUACUGACAUGGAUAUGUUUUUAGAGAUUGCGAUAUGUAUCAGGAGACGGACCAGUUGUAAAUUUAAUGCAAAAAUAAGGUAGGAGGCACUUGUAAGGCACCGAUUCCAGUACUCCUGAUAAUUUUCUCUUUGUAUACAUGACUUGUGAACUAAAAGAUUCGACAACACAUUACUGGAGCCUCAGUGCUCUAAGCACCACUCUGGAAAACCUCUGUCGAGAUUACUCGUAA